AUGGGGUCCUCUCCCCCAGGUUCCGCCGUUACCUCUUCUAUAACUUCCGCGGAAACUCCGCCAAUUGCGGGGAAUACACCCACUGCACCUGGCGCUGACCUAACGGUCCCUGCUCUGUCAGCUGACGUUGCGGCAACUCCGGCAGCAGCGGCGCCGCCAGCGGAAAUUGCAGCAGCUCCCGCGGACGGCGGAAAGCAGGCGGAAACCCCAGUAGCGGCCGUGCCGCCUGCAGAGGUUGUAGCGGCUGUAGCGGCGGAGGUUGCGGCUGUAACGGCGGGGGGUGCGGCUGUAGCAGCGGGGGGUGCGGCAUCCGCGGACGGCGGAGAGGGGCCGAUGUGGAAGACGACUCUGUGCUCGUUCUUCCGCAAGCACGGGGAGUGCAAGCACGGCGCGCGGUGCAAGUUCGCGCACGGGGAGGCGGAGCUGCGCGCGCGCCCGGACGGGUCGUUUGACCCCACGUCCGCGCGCGGAGGGGCUAAGCGGAGCGAGGCAGGGGAAGGGGAUCAGAGCAAUAAGGGGAGGAAUCGGGGGAGGAAACGCGGAGGGGGAGGGUCUUGGGGAAGAGAGGCGGAAGAAGCGGAGGGUGGCGGGGACGAGGGGAAGGAAGGCGGGGCAGGGGGGGACGGCGAGUGGAGUCGGCUUUGCGUGCAGAACCUACCAAAGUGGUGGAAUGUGAAGCACUUUCGCGAAAUGCUAAACGAAAUGAGUUUGGACUAUUGCGGGUCGAGGAAAAGCCAGGGGGUGGCGUUUGGAUUUGUAUCGUUUGAGUCAGCUGCCGCAGCAGACAAGGCCACUCAGCUAUUGAACGGCAAGCUGCUGAAGAACCAGAUGCUAGACGUGCAGCCGGCUCGGUACCGCACUCAGAAACAGACGGCUUUUGCCGCCCAGGAGGGUGGCGAAGGGCAUGAGGACAAGAAGAGAAGAACGGAGGGGGAAGGAAUGGGGGAGGCAGGGGAGGAUGGUGGGAAAGAGGAGGGCGAGAGAGGUGGGGAGGGUGAGGAUGAGGAGGAAACGGCAGAGAUGGAUGGGGAAGGAGAGGAUGGGGGAGAGGGAGGCAGAGGAGGAGAGAGGGAAGGGGAGAAAGCAGAGGGGAGGGUGAAGAAGGAGGCGUGGGAGGCGGUGACGCCACUGGCGAGGAUGGGGUAUCGGGAACAGCUGGAGAUGAAGGGAGGGAGAGUGGCGAAGGAUCUGCAGCGGAUUGUGACGAAGAUGAGGAAGCUUUAUUCGCGAAAGAGCUUUGCUCAGCUGCCUGAAUGGAUCAAGUCUGCUAAAGCGAGAGCCCACCUCCCGUGCACCUUUGAGGGAAUCUACGCCUCACCAGUGGUGGACGGCUAUCGCAAUAAGUGCGAGUUCUCCAUUGGCCCCUCGGCUGCUGGUCAGCCCACAGUCGGGUUCCUUCUCGGAAACUUCCGCGAUGGAGUGACAGCAGUGGCUGAGCCGUCAGGGUGUCGAAACAUCUCCCCCAUUGCCAUCGCCUUUGCACGGCUGGUUCAGGAAGUGGUGCGAGAAUCACCCCUGGCUGCAUGGGACAAGGUCAACAACCGGGGCUUCUGGCGCCUGCUCACGGUGAGGGAAGGCACAGCCGAACCACUCACUGCCACCUCGCUCCCCGAGCCUGCUGCUGCUGACGUGGCGUCGAUGGACGUGGACCAAUCAGCAACAGCAAUCGAUGGACAGCCACCCGCAGAAAAGCAAGAUGAUCAUGGCACAAGAGAUGAAGAUGACACAAGGGAUGACACAAGAGUCGACACAAGGGAAGGGGAAGGGUCAAGGCACAGUGGCAGAGCGGCAGUGAAUCAAGUGAUGCUGCUGCUGCAGGUGAACCCUGCUGGUGCCGAUCGGACGGCCGUGGAUGCGGAGCUGAGCAGAUUGACGGCUGAGAUUGAAAGGCGAGCAGCGGAGCACAGCCCGCCACUGCCUCUCACACUCAUCCUCGUUCAGGAGCAUUCAGGUGUGUCCAAUGCAGCCCCUGAGAGCUGCCCCAUCCGCCUGCUCUACCCUCGCUCUAGUCACAUCGAGCCAUCGGCAGCAGUGACAAUGGCGGGGAAUGGAGCUGCUAGUGGUGCGGAAGAAGAGGCACGUACAUCACAGGAGAAAGGGAAUCAGUCAGCAGCAGCACCAGCAGCAGGAGAGGCAGCAGAGGCAGGAUCAUCAGCAGCUGCAGAAGCAGGAGCAGAAGCAGGAGCAGCAGGGGAGGCAGCAUGUGACACACACAUAUACGACCACCUAUGUGGGCUCAAGUUCCGACUGUCACCCACCUCCUUCUUCCAGACCAACUCAGCGGGAGCGCAGCUGCUGUAUCAGCUCGCUGCUUCCUGGGUGGGCUUGGGGCCGCCUCCCCCCUGUCCACCUCCCGUGCUCCCUCCUCUCUUGACCAAGAAACAGCAGCAGGGGCAGGAGCAGGGGCAGGAGCAGGGGCAGGAGCAGCAGCAGCAGCAGCAACAGCAGCAGCAGCAGGGGGAGGAGGUGCAGCAAGAGGGGAAAAGCGACGAGAAGGAUGGUGUGUUGGUGUUUGAUGUGUGCUGUGGCACGGGCACCAUCGGCCUGUGCGUUGCCAAGCAUGCCAAGAAGCUGGGGGAGGCAAUUGGUGGUGUGUUGGUGCUUGAUGUGUGCUGUGGCACGGGCACCAUCUGUCUGUGCGUUGCCAAGCACGGCAAGAAGGUCACCGCAGAGAGAGUGAUUGGGAUUGAGAUGAACGAAUCGGCAGUGGAGGAUGCGAGGAGGAAUGCAGCCAUCAACGGCAUCCAGCAUGCUGAGUUCAUCGCCUCCCGGGCUGAGCUGGUGCUGCCAAAGCUCCUCCAUAAAUACCUCCCCCAGGUGAAGCCUGCCCCUGACAGCCUCCCCCAGGUGGAGGGGAAAGAGGGGCAGCAGCAGGAGGAAGGAAAGGAGGAAGGGAAGGAGGGGUUGAAGGAGGAAGGGAAGGAGGAAGGGAAAAAGGAGUUUGAGUUUUCUCGAGUCGUGACAAUCGUAGACCCUCCAAGAGCUGGUCUGCAUCCAACGGUGCUCAGAGCCCUUCGGGAGAAUCCCAAGAUCGAGCAGCUGCUCUACGUCUCCUGCAACCCCUCGUCUCUCGUGGCAAACGUCCUAGACCUCUGCUCGCCGCCUCCCGAGCUAAAAAAGCCGCAAGCAGGAGGCGGCGGGUGGAGCAAGUGGGGGCCUGCGGCGGGGCAGAGGGCCAUGGCUGGGGAGCCAGGUAGUGAUGGGAGGAGGGGGAAGGGGAGGGAGCAAGCAGAAGGGGGGGAGUGGAGAAAGCGGGAGGGGGGGGUGGGGUGGAGCAAGUGGGGCCCUGCUGCGGGGCAGAGGGCCAUGGCUGGGGAGCCGUUUCGACCUGGUGGGGUGGGGAAGAGCAAGCAGCAGCAGGAGGGGGGUGGAGCAAGUGGGGGCCUAGCGGCAGGGCAGAGGGCUAUGGCUGGGGAGCCAUUCCGACCUGUGAGAGCCGUGGCUGUUGACCUGUUUCCCCACACGGAGCACUGUGAGGUGGUGAUGCUGCUGGAGAGGUAG